CAGGAUUGGAAGUAAUUAAGAAUGUCCCUACCGAGUCGACAGACAGCUAUUGUUAACCCUCCACCACCAGAGUAUAUAAAUACUAAGAAAAAUGGGCGAUUGACAAAUCAGCUGCAGUAUCUACAAAAGGUUGUCUUGAAGGCUUUAUGGAAGCAUAGUUUCUCCUGGCCUUUUCAGCAGCCAGUGGAUGCUGUUAAGCUAAAGUUGCCUGAUUAUUAUACCAUUAUAAAAAACCCAAUGGAUCUAAAUACAAUUAAGAAGCGUUUGGAGCAUAAAUAUUAUGUGAAGGCUUCAGAAUGUAUAGAAGACUUCAAUAUGAUGUUCUCAAAUUGUUAUUUAUACAACAAGCCUGGAGAUGACAUUGUUCUUAUGGCACAAGCACUAGAAAAGUUAUUUAGGCAGAAAUUAUCCCAAAUGCCACAAGAAGAACAAGUUGUGGGUGGUAAGGAAAGAAUAAAGAAAGGUAUUCAGCAAAAUGUAGCAAUUUCUUCUGCUAAGGAAAAACAGUCACCCAGAGUACCAGAAAAAGUAUUUAAGCACCAGGUGAUUCCUCCUGUAUUUCCUGAGACAUCUAUCUCUCCUUUAAACAUGACACAAGGAACUCCUCUUAAUUCUACUUCACAAACAGUGACACAAGCUUCAAGGGGUGUGAAAAGGAAAGCAGAUACAACUACUCCUACAACUUCAGUAGUUACAGCAAGUAGUGAAUCUUCGCCGAUAUUUUCAGAAAAAAAAUCAGUGAAAAUGCCACCUAUAAAAGAAAAUGUGCUGAAGAAUGUUUUGCCAGAUUCUCAACAGCAAUAUAAUGUAAAGAGUGUUGAAGUAACGGAACAAUUAAGGCACUGUAGUGAGAUUCUUAAAGAAUUGCUUGCGAAGAAGCACUUGUCAUAUGCAUGGCCCUUCUAUAAUCCCGUUGAUGUGAAUGCUUUGGGACUCCAUAACUACUAUGAUGUUGUGAAAAAUCCAAUGGACCUUGGGACUAUCAAGGGAAAAAUGGACAACCAAGAAUAUAAAGAUGCAUACGAAUUUGCUGCAGAUGUUAGAUUGAUGUUCAUGAACUGCUACAAAUACAAUCCUCCAGAUCAUGAAGUAGUCACCAUGGCAAGAAUGCUCCAGGAUGUUUUUGAGAUGCAUUUUGCAAAAAUUCCAGAUGAACCUGAUGAAAGUAUGCCUGUGUAUUGCACCAAAACAGACACCACCAAACCUUUAGAUAGAGAAAGCAGUAGUGAAGCUUCCUCUGAAGACAAUUCUUCCGGGGAUUCUGAAGAUGAACGUGUUCAGCGUCUUACAAAGCUUCAAGAACAGCUUAAAGCUGUUCAUCAACAACUACAAGUUCUGUCCCAGGUACCUUUCCGUAAGUUAAAGAAAAAAAAUGAGAAGUCUAAAAGGGAAAAGAAAAAAGAAAAGGUUAAUAACAGAGAUGAAAAUCCAAGGAAAAAGUUUAAGCAAAUGAAAUUAAAGGAAAAGCCCAAGGGCAAGCAGCCAAAGAAGAGAAAGCAACAGGUCACUGCUCUGAAACCUGAAGAUAAUGAAGAUAAUGCUAAACCUAUGAACUAUGAUGAGAAAAGGCAGUUAAGUUUGGAUAUUAACAAACUCCCUGGAGAUAAACUUGGGAGAGUUGUUCACAUAAUACAAUCAAGAGAGCCUUCUCUGAGAAAUUCCAAUCCUGACGAGAUAGAGAUAGACUUUGAAACCCUGAAAGCAUCAACACUGAGAGAACUUGAAAAAUAUGUGGCUGCAUGUCUAAGAAAAAGACCACUAAAACCCCAUGCAAAGAAAGUAGUGAAAUCCAAAGAAGAGCUACAUUUGCUGAAAAAACAGGAGUUGGAAAAGCGCUUACUGGAUGUCAAUAAUCAGUUAAAUUCUAGAAAACGUCAAACAAAAUGUGAGAAAACUCAACCACCCAAGACCAUGGCCGUGGCAAGUGGUUCCCGACUGAGUGAGAGCAGCAGCAGCAGCAGCAGCAGCAGCAGCAGCAGCAGCAGCUCAGACUCUGAGAGCAGCAGCAGUGAUUCGAGUUCCUCCGACAGCAGUGAUUCUGAAUCAGAAGUGUUUCCUAAAUUUACUGGAGUAAAACAGAAUGAUUCUCCUAAAGAGAAUAUAAAGAUACAAUCUUCUAUACAAGAUACAAGUACUGUGAAAACUACCCUUAUAUAUCAGACUGCACAUUUAUGUGGGGAACCACCAAAUCACCUUCAGCUAGCAUGUAAUCAAGAAUCUGAACAUUUGCAAAAUGUGAAAAACAUAACACCUUUACAAAGUCUGCCUCCUUCAGGUGAUUCUGGACAACAUUUGAAUAACCAAACUGUGACACAAUCAUCUUGUGACAAUGAUACAAUGGUGCUAGAAUCUGAACGUCAAGCUCCUGUGCAGAAAGAUAUAAAGAUCAAGAAUGCAGAAUCCUGGAAAAGUUUAGGCAAGCCGGUCAAAACACCAGGUGUAUUAAAAUCCUCAGAUGAGCUCUUCAACCAAUUUAGAAAGGCAGCAAUAGAGAAGGAAGUAAAAGCUCGAACACAGGAACUAAUACGGAAACACCUGGAACAGAAUACUAAGGAACCAAAAGUAUUUCAAGAAAACCAGAGGGAACCUGGCUUCACUCUAGAAUCAUUUUCAAAUAAAAUGCAAAAUAAGUGCCUUGGAGAAGAGCAGAAAGAGCAUCAGCAGUCAUUGGAAACUCAAGAUAAAUGCAAACUGUGGCUUCUCAAAGACCGUAAUUUAGCAAGGGAGAAAGAGCAAGAGCGGAGGAGGAGAGAAGCAAUGGCGGGUACCAUUGAUAUGACUCUUCAAAGCGACAUUAUGACUAUGUUUGAAAACAACUUUGAUUAA